GCGGAGUUGCAUAAUUGGCGUACACGGUUCAACCUCGACUAGCACCAGAGCCCGUCUACGGACAUUCUCUGCUAGCACUCUGUCAUUGUUCUCUACUGAGAGCUAGAUGAGCAACUUUGAACAUGGCUCCUGCAAAGAACAGAGUAUUUUCUAUUGGAGUGGGAAUGACAAAGUUCAUGAAACCAGGGGCGAGAGAUUACCCUGAAAUGGCAAAAGAAGCAGGUCAAAAUGCCCUAGCAGACGCUGGAAUCCCUUACAGCGCAAUAGAACAGGCCUGUGUGGGUUAUGUCUAUGGUGACUCCACCUGUGGCCAGCGGGCCAUCUACCACAGCCUGGGUCUGUCUGGCAUCCCCAUUGUCAAUGUGAACAACAACUGCUCCACGGGCUCCACAGCACUCUUCAUGGCUCGCCAGCUCAUUCAGGGAGGUCUUGCGGACUGUGUGCUUGCCCUGGGCUUUGAGAAGAUGGAGAGGGGGUCUCUAUCCUCAAAGUACAUGGACAGGACUAGUCCAAUGGACAAACACAUGGAGGUGAUGAUCAACCGCUACGGGAUGGUGGCAGCCCCACCAGCACCCCAGAUGUUUGGCAAUGCUGGCCGGGAACACAUGGAGAAGUAUGGCACCAAAGCUGAGCACUUUGCCAAAAUUGCCUGGAAAAACCAUAAGCAUUCAAUCAACAACCCGUAUUCUCAGUUCCGUGAUGAGUACAGUCUAGAACAGGUGAUGAAGUCCAGAAAAGUAUUUGAUUUCCUCACUCUACUGCAGUGCUGCCCCACAUCAGAUGGUGCCGGAGCAGCCGUCUUGGCCAGUGAGGACUUUGUUAGGAGUCAUGGUCUGGAAAACAAAGCUGUGGAGAUCAUUGCCCAGGAGAUGGUGACCGACACGGCCUCCACCUUUGAGGAGAACAGCUGUCUGAAAAUGGUGGGAUAUGACAUGACACGGACAGCGGCUGCAAAGUGCUUUGAGAAGUGCGGGCUGACCCCAUCUGAUGUGGACGUCAUUGAGCUGCAUGACUGCUUCUCUGCCAAUGAGCUCAUCACAUACGAAGCCCUAGGCCUGUGUGAAGAAGGGAAGGCAGGCGAGCUCAUAGAUAGAGGAGACAAUACCUACGGGGGCAAGUGGGUGGUGAACCCCAGUGGAGGCCUCAUUUCCAAAGGUCAUCCCCUUGGAGCCACAGGCCUGGCGCAGUGUGCGGAGCUUUGCUGGCAGCUGAGGGGAGAGGCUGCGGAGAGGCAGGUGCCGGGGGCAAAGGUGGCCCUGCAGCACAACAUCGGCCUUGGAGGAGCUGUGGUGGUCACACUCUACAGGAUGGGAUUCCCUCAGGAUACACGGCCCCGGAUUGGAGCAGUGCUCACUAGUGCAGCCAGUGACUUGGAUGGCUUCAAAGCUAGUGCUGUCUUUAAAGAGAUCGGCAACAAAUUAGAAGAGGAAGGCGAGCAGCUUGUGAAGAAGAUCGGCGGCGUCUUCGCCUUCAAGGUGAUGGGUGGCCCAGAAGGGGCGGAUGCCUUGUGGGUCGUGGACGUGAAAAACGGCAAAGGCUCAGUGACCAACGAUGCAGAUAAAAAAGCAGAUUGCACCAUCGCCAUGUCAGAUGAAGACCUUCUAUCCCUGAUGACCGGGAAAAUUAAUCCACAGACUGCAUUUUUCCAAGGAAAACUGAAGAUCACUGGAAAUAUGGGAAUGGCCAUGAAACUUCAGAACCUGCAGAUGACCACUGGCAAAGCAAAGCUGUGAAGUCACACAUCCUUGAUUCAUGUAUUUGUCUUUCUUCCCCUUUACAAGCGUUGAUAAGAUUGACAACCUGUCUGUGAACUUCAGAUUAAUAAUUGCUGCUUACUAACAAUGAUCAAGAGCAUUUUAUGGCCACGUCAGUCUCAGUGUGGAAACACCAUGGUCCUGUCUUUCUUGUAGAGACUGAUGUCUAGCAAAACUGUGUCUCUCUUGCACAAGCACUACACUAAGUAAUUGUUAAAUGGUGUUAAAAGGCCCUACCGUGAGUUUGUGAGACUGUUUACAGUCUUUAACCUGAGUAAUUCUUGUGCUAUUUCCAGUACAUAUAAAAAUUGAUGAUGAGGCUGGCAGGAGUAAAUGUUGUUGUAUGCACGUCUCACAGGGAGGCUACCCCGGGCGCGUAACUGAAGCGCUCCGUUCGCGACGCGUAAAAUCUAUUUUAGAAGACUGGUCUAUUUCUUUCGAACGUACGUGCCGCCAUCACAUGAAAUGCCAUUUUACUUUAUCAUUACAUUAAUAAUUCCCUGAAGACUUUGAUAUUAAUUAAUGUGGACAGUGCAAUUGCAGUGGCCCUUGGGUGAUUAAUUGUGAUUUGUAGUAUAGUUGUUGACAUUUAAGUACCGGUACAUUGUAUAUGAACCACAGAUGAAUUUCAUGGCAGAUGAGACAUGAGGCAUUUCUACUGCAGUUUGUAAGACAUAAAUUGUUUGCUAAUUACAUACUUGUCAUCCACCAGAAUAAUUAAAUAACAUUACAUUUUGGGGAAAAAAACACAAAUGUGUGUAGUAGGGGGUCUAUGCAAUUUUCAAUGUAAUUUUUUGGAGAGCGAUUGGUCUUCUUUAGUGAUUGAACUUGUGUCUCCAUUUUUUCUGAGUAGUUUCUUAUACCUCUCUCACAUUUUAUAUUUUUCUCUGUUAACAAGACACUACAGGUGAACAGGGUAUAUUUUUAACUAAUAUACCGGUACUACUAUGAAAUGUUCCCAGUUUUGUUUACAAGAUAUGAAAAACAAAAUUGAGAAAACAACCUGUAUAGAUAUGGAAUUGUAAUUGAUCAGUGUCCAACAGGAAAAAAUGGAGACAUUUUUCUCACUUUUUAAGACACCAAGAAUCAAGAUAUGACUGUCUCCAAAAAUAAACUAAUGAAAAUGAAGGGCACUCACACUGGAUACAUUUCCCUCCCCCUUACUAAUGGUUGAGGAGGCCACUUUUGUUGAUUUGUAUCAAAUAAAGCUUCUAUUAAUUUUCUAUCUA